AUGGCACUUUUAUUUAAUGAAGGAUGCGAAAAUUUUGAGGGGGACUCUGCCACAUGCCGCAUGAAUAUAUGUUCUAUAAAACAAAAUAAAUUUGAAAAAUCACUUUGUCUUCUUGAAGAUGAAUUAGUUAAAGUAUAUCGUUCUUUAAAUAAUGUUUCAAAUGAUAUUUCAAGAAAUAUAUUUAAAUAUGAAAGUUAUGGACCAUAUAGACAUUCUAGGAUAAUUAUUCUUUCAGACAAUAAUCAAGAUGGUAUUGUGUUUCUAUAUGAAUACAAUAUAUAUAAUCGUUACUAUCCAACUAAAACAUAUUUAUGCCGUCUUAGGAAUAUAAACCAAACGGCAGCAUUAUGCGAAUCCCUCGAUAUAUAUUAUUUAGGUAAAAGACUUUCUUUUAAUUCUUAUGACGUUAUUAGUGAAAAAAAUGAUCUACCUUUGAAACAUUUAAAAAACCCCAAUCAUAAAAUUGUUAAAUUAAAAUAUAAAGAUUUAUUUAUUAAAGAACAUUCCUGUCAUCAUAUAAAAACAAGAUACAUUUCACAUCAUAGUUGCAUGUAUGCCAUAUGUGAAAAAAAAAAAGAAGAAUAUAUGUUAUGUUCUGAUGCGAAUUAUAGUGGAAAAUUAAUAUAUUUGUUUAGUUAUUGGCCUGAAAAAAGUAAAAAAUUUAUAUAUCUUCCAGAAGGUUGCUUAAAAAGAGAUUCUAAUUUGGCGUGUAUUUCAUAUUUUUGCGAAACCAAUGCUAAAGAUAAAUUUUUUCCAUGUGAACAUAAAGAAAUUAGUGCUAUAAAAGAUAUAAUGCCAGAUGCAGAGAGGUCAGAAGUUAUGCCAAUAAAGCAGCAGAUUGUUCAUCAUGAAGAUAAUGUGAGUGCAUCUGCACUCUUUGCAAUGACUCUUAUGCCUUUUUUAAUUCUUUUCGUUUUUUUUUGGUGCUAUAUAUAUAAGAAUUUUAAAAAGAGGAGGAGAAGAAAAAUUUAUUAA